AUGUAUAGAAAUCCAUAUCUUCGUCAUGACUACAUCGCCCACCAGAUUUUUUUUUCUUCUUCUCGUCGUCGUCGUCCUCCUCCUCCUUCACCUCGUUCUCCUUCUCGUCGUCGUCGCCCUUCUCUUCUACCUUCUUCUUCUUCUUGUCGUCGUCGCCCUCCUCCUCCUUCACCUCGUCCUCCUUCUCGUCGUCGUCGUCCUCCUCUUCCACCUUCUUCUUCUUCUUCUUCUUGUCGUCGUCGCCCUCCUCCUCCUUCACCUCGUCCUCCUUCUCGUCGUCGUCGUCCUCCUCUUCCACCUUCUUCUUCUUCUUCUUCUUCUCGUCGCCCUCCUCCUCCUUCACCUUGUCCUCCUUCUCGUCGUCGUCGUCCUCCUCUUCCACCUUCUUCUUCUUCUUCUUCUCGUCGCCCUCCUCCUCCUUCACCUCGUCCUCCUUCUCGUCAUCGUCGUCCUCCUCUUCCACCUUCUUCUUCUUGUCGUCGUCGUCCUCCUCCUCCUUCACCUCAUCCUCCUUCUCGUCGUCGUCGUCCUCCUCUUCCACCUUCUUCUUCUUCUUCUUCUUCUUCUUCUUGUCGUCGUCGCCCUCCUCCUCCUUCACCUCGUCCUCCUUCUCGUUGUCGUCGUCCUCCUCUUCCACCUUCUUCUUCUUCUUCUUCUUCUUCUUCUUCUCGUCGUCCUCUUCCUCCACCACCACCACCACCACCACCACCUCUUCCGCCACCUCCUUCUUCUUCUUCUCGUCGUCGUAGUCGUCGUCGUCUUCUUCUUCUUCUUUCUCGUCGUCGUCUUCCUCCUCCACCACCACCUCUUCCACCACCUUUUCCUUCUUUUCGUUGUCGUGGUUGUCCUCCUCCUCUCCUCUUCUUCUUCUUCUUCUUCUUCUUCUUCUUCUUCUUCUUCUAUCCUCAAUUUCGGCUUUUUGCUAAUCUCCUAAUCCUUUCUAUUCAUACCUAUCUAUCUAUCUAUCUAUCUAUCUAUCUAUCUAUCUAUCUAUCUAUCUAUCUAUCUAUCUACAUAAAUCUUUCCAUCCAUCUCUCGCUAUCUAUUUCAGACAGUUCAUCUCUCUCUCUCUCUCUCGCCCUAUCUAUCUAUCUAUCAUAUCUAUCUAUCUAUCUAUCUAUCUAUCUCUAUCUAUCUAUCUAUCUAUCUUUCCAUCCAUCUCUCGCUAUCUAUCUAUCUAUCUAUCUAUCUAUCUAUCUAUCUAUCUAUCUAUCUAUCUUGCUCAUAUCUGUCUCUUUGAAGGCAUAA